AUGUCCCCGGGAUGGCCCCGCUUGCGGAGGCAGCCCCAGAUACCCUCCCGACGACAGCCGCAGCAUUCCCAGUCACAAGCUCGGCCAGUGGAAAAUCGCUCGUUGUCCCCUAUCGCCGCUCUCCAACCACGAUAUCAAGGUCACACCCGAGAACCCAAUGCUGAUCUGGUAGCUCGGAUAGAAAAGCUGGAGCAGUUGCUACAUGCAAAGGACCAGCAGCCAGAGGCAGCGGCACCUCCGCUGGAUGUCCCCCAAUUGGAUUCAGAAGUAGAAGCGAGACGGAGAUCAGAGCCAGCAACAGGCUUUGCAACGGGCACUCUGAUCCCAUCCGCUUCAGGACACGUGCGCUUCCUCCCCAUUACCUCUGGCCGGCGUAUUUUCAAUCGAGUCUCUCAGGAGGGUCCUUUUAAUAGCCAGGAGAGUGCCAUGAUUGACACGCCUAGCGGACCAUACCCUUUUGGCGAACACGAUGCUGAAAACAUACCUAAUCUCUUAGCAAAGCUCCCUCCGACGGAGUAUUGCAAUCAAUUAAAGGAUCUUUAUUUCCAGUCAAUUGCGCCCCUCUUUCCUAUCUUACAUAGCCCUACGUUUCACGAACGGUAUCGUCAGUUUUCCAAGGAUCCAGAUCAGGCUUCGCUAGCAUGGCUUGCUCUCCUCUUUACUAUCCUCGGCACGGCUGUCCUCGCACUAGAAAAUGACAGCUCUCUGCUUAAGAAUCUCAGCCGCAAACCUACCCCCUGGGAUCGAGUCACAGAGCUCUCGGAGAGGUAUUACACAGCGGCAAUGAAAUGCCUCGAAGCAGAUCGCUAUCUCUGGCGACAUAACAUAUCUACACUACAAGCAUUGCUAAACCUCAUCUAUGGGAUCCACCAUAGCCAUGGCCAAACAUGGACUCUUCUCGGGCUGGUUUAUCAUCUGGCGCUCUCGAUUGGUUGUCACGUUGACCCGGCCACGUUUUCCUUGGAUAUUGUCGAAGUCGAGGAGCGUCGCCGUUGUUGGUUAGGCCUGGUCACGCUGCUGUGUAAUCAAAAUAUGGCUGUGACCGGGUUAGACAUCUACCAAUCAGUGUUCUCGUCGCGUGUCCUAUCCCCAGCCGAGGUGUGGGAUGAAGACAUCAUCCAGGGACAACCAGCGCCGAUUGCAACCUCAGUAGGCAUCAGCCCCGUCUCAUAUCUGAUUCGAAAAUCGCGCCUCUUUCAGAUAUCCUCGGAGAUCUGUAACCCCGUUUUGGCUGCACGGCCGGAGGAUCCAACAGCCCUCCACCGUCUGGACGCUGCCAUCCGAGCCGAGCUGGACCCACUGGAGAAGAAUUACGCCUCAAUGCUUGGGGGCAACUCGUCGGUUGUUCAUACCAAUCUGCUGCUCAGUUUUGCCCAUCACCUAGUUCUCAUUCUCCACAGUAAUAUACUAAAUGAAGGGACCUUUUGUCUUCCGCAGCAUAGCUGGUCGAAGCAUCGCUGUAUGAAGAGUGCACAGCGCGUCUUGGAACUGCAUGCUGACUUCCACCAACUACCCCAGUUCAAGCCUUUCUGCUGGUAUAUCCGUGGCCGGGGCGCUUUUCAUGCUUUCCACGCCGCGUUCGUUCUGGUGCUUGCCCUUUCUAUAGAGCCCCAAGAACCCUGUACACUGGAUGUGGUGCGAUUGCUGCACGAGUGUCAUGCUCGACUUGAGGCAUCAAAGGCACAAAGUCAGCUGUGCACCCGGACCGCAAGGAUUCUCGGCCAGAUGCUAUCUAGCAGGUGGAUGACUGCCUCGGGCAUGGCACCGGAUGGACUACACAGUGCAGUAUCACAGGGCGACAAGUCAAAUAGCCAGAAUCCCAUCAGCCAGCCCGUUGAUCUUAGUAAUGGUCAUACAUUCACCUCGGAUGUUGAUUUCCCCAGUCUGGUUCGACAGAUUGAGCCGCAGCAAUGGAUCAACCCUGUGAACAUGGACUGGGACCAGUGGGAUCUGAUUAUGAAUCCAAUGGGAACUACAUCUUGA